CCAGUCCUUGUCUUGAUUCUCCCUCCCCCUCUCUCACGCGCGACACCUGCUCGUCCAGAACUGCACGACUGCUCCAAGUUUUUGCUUGUGACAACGGGUCUUCCUACAGUAACUGCGGCAUUGACGGACAGUCUAGCAUCUCUUGAACCCAUCGCCUUGUCUGGAGAUUUUUUGCCUUCCUUUCUCUCAAGAUGCGUCCCGAUCCACAUGCCAAGGCAAUUCUCGAGAAGUCCUCGACGCCUCCCCCAGCUGGCUCGCCCUACAGUCUCCCGAUUCCCGGCUCUGAGCGCGAGAAUCGAUCCCCAGUGUAUCGUAAUUGGGCCUUCCGCGAUGGGCCCCUCUUGGAGAGGUUAGAGCCCAAUGUCUUCACCUUUCACGAUCUCUUUGAGGACGCCUGGCAGGCCCGCCCGAACAAGCGCAUGCUGGGAUGGAGGCCCUGGAACCCCGCGACCAAGACGUGGGAGCCCAGAUACGUCUGGAUGACCUACGCCGAGGUUGCUGAGCGGAGGAAGAACUUUGGCGCAGGUAUCGUGGAGCUGCACCACAAGGUGGGUAUCACGGCCCCAAAGUAUGGUGUUGGCAUCUGGGCCCAGAACCGGCCCGAAUGGCAGAUCACCGAGCUUGCUCUGGUCACCCAGUCUCUGUAUCCGGUCACCUUGUACGAAACUCUCGGCCCCCAGACGACCGAGUACAUUAUCAACCAUGGCGAACUGGCCUGCGUCGUCUGCUCCUUGCCGCACGUCCCGACCUUGUUGAAGAUUGCGUCCAAGGUUCCCACCCUCAAGCUUAUCAUUACCCUUGAUUCCCUGGACGAUGGCGAGAUGGCCGGCCAUUCCAAGCGUGAGCUGCUCAACAAGCUGGCAGCGG